GCCGGAGGUGGCAAGCGGGAUGAUGUGCGGGUUGUGAUAGCUGUCCUCAUUGUGUCACCGGCUACAGGCACUACGGGGGCGCGAGAGGGCGCCAGACACGGCCCACAACCGCCGUCACCCACUGUGCUUCUCUGCCCCACAGUUCGUCGACCGACAUGGCAACGUGGCACUACACUGGACCUCCCGGCGGGAGAGUUGACGACCUAGGAUUCGAGUGUCCUUGGUAUAGCGAAAAUCCUCGAUUCAUGGAGGAACAUAGCGAAUUGGAGCAAGCCAAAAAAGAUUACGCAAAAUUUUGGACUGACUAUUUUCCGGUCAUUAUGCGUCGACGGAAACGAUGGGAAAAAGCUGAUCCACGUCGUCAUCCGCAUACAUUGCAGCGGUUCGUCUACAAAGGCAUUCCGGCGCCAUUCAGAAAAGAUAUAUGGAUGCGAAAUAUCGCGCCUCGAGGGCAGCCAGUGGAGGCUACGGUACCAGCCAGCACGGUAGAAGCGAUCAAACUCGACCUGCCGAGAACGUUCCCGAACAAUCACUUCCUGCAGACCGAACGAAAUCGCAAGGCGCUUGGAAGGGUACUGUACUGCCUCGCGCAACACGUGCCAUCUGUAGGAUACUGUCAGGGUUUAAACUUCGUAGCCGCAGUAAUUUUGCUAGUUGUGAGAGAUGAAUCACAGGCGGCCGAUCUGCUCAUCCAGAUGGUCAAGAAACGCGAGGAUUAUUACGGCCACACGAUGUCGGGCCUGCGUCGAGACACGAGAGUCUUGCAAGAAAUUCUUGCCAAGGAGUGUCCGCAAGUAGCAUCAGUGUUUCGAGAACUAGACGUUGGGCUAGAUUUGGUAAUUGGUAAAUGGCUGCUAUGCUGGUUUGUGGAAUGCUUGCCUUUAGAGACGGUGUUACGCAUUUGGGACUGCAUGAUUUAUGACGGAAACGAUGUGUGGCUAUUCCGGAUUACACUGUCCCUGAUCCGCGCGAACCAGAAGCGGAUUGGCGCAGUGCGCUCACUCGACCAACUAAUUUUGGAGUUUCAAAAAGUUGGGCGAUCAGAUGCAGCUUUAUACUGUCACCAGCUAAUAGAGUCAGCGAAAUCGGAACGAGUGUCACAGGAGAUGAUUGACGAGCUGCGAGCGGUCUGCGCCAAGGACGUGUGACACCAUGACAGAAUGUUCUGGAUCUUAUAGAUGUUCAAGAUGUUCGUCGUGAGUCAGCUGAAUAACUGAUGCAAGAGGAGAAGGGUCACGGCUGACUUGUUUCAAACAUCUGUGCAUUUGAAUUUUAUUAAGUUAUUCAACAAUUCAUACGGGUUUAAUGUUUAGUCUACCUCUGUGUUUCUACCUUCCUCACCUCAAUUCGAAUGCUCAUUUGGUUGUGCCUAUAUGACAUGGUUUAGUCUCUUUCAAACGAGACGGUUUUUUAUGCAUCUGCGGAAACUGCAUUCCUGCAAAUCAUCACUGCUGCUUGAGGAUCCAAUAAAAAUUUGUCCGUU